GAUAUAGUGUGAUAGCUGGCAUGAUGAGUGAUGUAUGUAGUGUAUGGUAGGGUGAGACCUGAAGCCUACGUGGCACCUAUUUAAGGUAGUUAGGUGCCUUCUUGUGCCUGCUGGAACACUGGAGUUUAGUCUACCAGCUGAUAUAAACCAGUAUGGGCGCCCCUGAUCUCCUCCUGCCUAGUGUGGGUCCCGAGGAUGCCGAGAAGCCGCUAUAUGAUCCAGAGAUCUUAACCAGACUGGACUGGUCAGAGGUCACUCACAUGAAGGGAGACGUGACCUCGGCCAGACCAGGAGAUGGACUCUGUGUUCGUCCACUCUGUAAGGCUGAUUAUGAUAAAGGCUUCUUGCAGCUUUUGGGACAGCUUACUAAGCUGGGUGACAUAUCACGGGAAAAAUUCAAUGAAAGGUUUGAUGCUAUGAGGAGCUGCCCCGGCCACUACUAUGUGACUGUCAUAGAGGACACUCUGCUGGGACAGAUCGUUGGUUCUGCCACACUCGCCUGUGAGCUUAAGUUCAUCCGUGGCUGUGCCAAGCGUGGACGCCUAGAGGAUGUCGUUGUUAAUAAUGAGUACCGAGGCAAGCAGUUGGGAAAACUCAUUGUCACCACGAUCACUCUUCUAGCAAAGGAAGUUGGCUGCUACAAGCUGGGAUUGGACUGCAAAGACGAAAUGAAGCCUUUUUAUGGUUCUCUUGGAUACACCAGUGAAAAGGGCAAUGACAACACCAUGAUCAUCCGCUUCUGACUAGACACUACUCGUAGAGUAUCACGUCUUUAGCAGCAGCUUCUUGUAAUCUCAACUACAGCAGCUUUGUGACAUCUAAAGAGAGUACUUGCUGAUAAUACAGUAAUGUUACAGAAUCCUCAGGGUUGAUUUAAUAGGUUGUUAUCUGUUGUAGCUUGUGAUAGCGUUUAACAAAAAAAUAAAAAAAAUGGUUAAAAGCACUCCCUUUCAAAUAAGAAUACUUGUAUACAUUUUGGAAUUUGUUGCUCCUGACUUAUUAGUGCAUCGCAUUAUGGUUUACAGCUAUAUCUUUUCCAUGAUGUAGAUGAUAAUUACAUUAAUCAGUGAUUAUAAUGUAUUAUUAAUAAUUUUGUACAGUUUUAUUAGUUUGAGAGCUCUAUAAUUUUCUUUUUAAUGGGGAAAUGUGCAUUAUAGGGAGGUAGCAGCAGCUUGCACCAUUACAUUCAACAUCAUUAAGAUGUAAUGUAUUUGUGUAUAACAUUAUCACGUGUAUAUAUUCUCAGUUAAAAUUCAACAUUUUUGAUUUUCCAAAAAUGUUCCCCAUAUUAUACCUCUGAUUUAUAGAUGACACUUUGUUUUUCAACAUACCGGCUGCCUCCCACCAAGGCAGGGCGACUUGAAAAAGAAGAAAGUGAAAUUGUGCAUUAAAUAAAGGUGGUGACAGGCCCGCCAAACUGAUAUUCAGAAUUAAUGGGCCUUGGUUUGAAAGGUUUUGUACUGUCCUGUAAAUUACAUAGGUUGGUUGCAUGGGCAGCCACUCAGGAAGGAGUAAGAGCCCAGGGAAUAGGGUACUUGCUACUCCCUGAAUCUGGCUUAUGUCAAGCUGUGAGUUUGGUAUUCCUUGGCCCUUACCCCAUUCCUCUCUCCACUUGGAAAAGUUUAUCCAUUACAAAAGUUUUAGCAGGCACCAAUGAUUGGAUGGCUUGUCAGAUUUAGAGCCUAUCUACUACACGAGGGUAUUAUUUACUUUAUGGUAAUUAAGACUGCGUUUUACUUGUACACCAAUCAAAAUUCUGUCAUCCCUUACACAGUGGACCCCGCAUAACGAUAUUAUUUCAAUCCAGAAGUCUGUUUGGGUGCAGUUAUAGACCGAAUUUGUUCCCAUAAGAAAUAUUGUGAAUUAGAUUAGUCCAUUUCAGACCCCUAAAAAUACACCUACAAAAGCACUUACAAAAAUAAAUUUACAUAAUUGGUCGAGUUGGGAGCUGAUCGUUAUCCAGGGGUCCACUGUAUAAGGAUUAAACUCAUGGUGUACAUACACACAUGUGCAUAGUAUAUAUCUUUGACAUACAUGUAGUGUGACAGAUGGUUAAAUACCUUCGUAUUCUUAAAUUUCAUUCAUAUUUAAAAUAUUCACAGUAUUAUAGUUUAUGAAAUGACUAGGUUAUCACAGAUUUAUAUUCCAUACAUAUGUCUACACAAGAUUGUAGUUCAUUUGUUCUGCAUCAUGUCUUUUCUGUUCUUUCAUUUUAUGAAUCACCAUGUCAUUCACAGACCCAUCUGCUGGCAUAUUAACUCAAAAAUAUCUAAAUACAAUACAUUCACUUCCUCCGUAUUCCUUGUCUCCAGGCUGGCAUAAAAUCUCUCGUCCUUUAGACUUUUAACUCUUGCUCUUUAGUGUGCUUUCAACAUCCUGAUUUUAAAACCAUCUCAAACUUCCAUACCCAUCUUGGCCACCUCUCCCAAAAUUUUGCCUAUCAAUAAAGUAACUGUGCUAAUUCCCACUACAUGGCAUUUUAACAACCUACUACAUUUUCAUGCAUUUGCAACACCACCCACAUUGCUUCCCUGUCCACACUUUAUUUCCUAAAACCAUGUAUGCAACAAACACGAUCUUACCGUUUUCUAAGUAUUUCACACUUAAAUGUUUUAUGCAAAUACUUUGUUGAUGCAUCAGUUCCCCUCCUAAAUCAUCCUUGUUAAUCUCUACUCCUAUUGUCUGUUUUUUCCCUAAAUCUUUUUUAUAAUAAUGACCCUUGUGGGUUUAGUACUUAGUUCUCAUUGUAUUAUUAUUUUUAUAAUUCUACUUUUCACUUUUACUCGGUAUACUUGCAAAUUGUUUGUGAACAAGUUUGUAAAGUCGUCUUGUUCCAUUUUAUUCCCCCCCCCUCACAGUAAUUAUGCAUGUUUAUCUUCCACUCCUUGCAUACCUUUUCUUCAUUCAUAGUUCAAACAUAUUAAACAAAUUCACAAACCAUUCCAGAACUACAUUCCUACCAUUGUGAAAAAAAAAUUAAUCUUGGUAAUAAGUAUUAAUUGGUGAAUAUUUCCCUAACUACUGUACUUUUUUCUUAAAUGAAGUAAAAAGUAAUAUGGUAUUAUGUCAAAUAUAAUCUACAGCACACUAUGCUCAUUAAAGUUGUUUAUAUAUUUACAAUUACAAUAAUGCUGUUUUAAUUUACUAUAUUUGUGCAAUAAAAAGUUCAUGGUUAUGAGAA